AUGGCACCCGCUCUGGACGUCUACGACUCCUCGUCCAAAGAGAACCGCAGUGUCGGCGCCCUCGGCAAGACCGUGUCCGGCAAAACCCUCAAGAUCAGGGCGUACCCGAAAUUCGACUCCCUCGAGGAAGAGCGACUGUACCGCAAACAGCAUCUCGCCGCGGCGUUCCGGGUGUUUGCGGAUAGAGGGUUCGACGAGGGCGUGGCGGGCCACAUCAGUGUGAGGGACCCUAUUUUGAGGGAUCAUUUCUGGCUGAAUCCACUAUCAACGCACUUUUCUCAAAUUUGCGUGUCGGAUUUGAUACUGGUGAAUGAAGACGGAGAUGUGGUCAUUGGUGAUGAACCUAUCAACGCGGCGGCAUUCGCGAUCCACUCCGAAAUCCACAAGGCGCGACCGGACGUCGACGCGGCGUGCCACGCGCACAGCGUCUACGGGAAGGCCUUCUCCGUCUUCGGGCGCGAACUGGACAUGAUGACGCAGGACUCGCUGCGCUUCUACCGGUCGCACGCCGUGUACGACAACUUUGGCGGCGUGGUGCUGGACCGCGAGGAAGGGCGGCGCAUCGCGCGCGCCCUGGGCCCCGCGGGCAAGGCCGUGAUCCUGCAGAACCACGGCCUGCUGACGUGCGCGAAGACGGUCGACGCCGCCGCCUUCUGGUUCAUCAGCCUGGACAAGACGUGCCACGCGCAGCUGCUCGUCGACGCCGCGAGCGCGGGCUCCGGCCACCGCAAGAAGCUCAUCAGCGACGAGGAGGCCGAGUUCAGCUACGCCCAGGUCGGCACCGACGAGAAGGGCUGGCUCGCCUUCCAGGGGUAUUACGACGAGCAGCUGGCGAAGACGAACGGCGCGUUUUUGAAGUAA